AUGUUAGACAUCGCUCGAGCCGUGGUGUCGCUAACAGUUAUCUGGACUGUCUCAUACCUGAUACGCGUCUACCUUGUGGCCUCAUCGCUACCCAAAUUACCCGGACCACCUUCUGAGUCGUUCGUGACAGGGAAUUUGAAGCAAUGGUUCAGCCGAAACGCUGAUGCUUUUCAAAAACAUGUCGCCCUUGAUUAUGGUCCCGUAGCAAGGCUGCAUGGCAUGAUUGGGUGGCCCUUACUCUACGUGUCGGACCCGAAAGCUUUGCAUACUAUCCUUGUCAAAGAGGAACUGUCCUACCUGCAUCGCAAGGAACUGAUGAUAGGCAAUCGUCUGAUGUUCGGCGAAGGGGUCUUUGCGACCCUCGGCAAGUACACGCAUACUAGGCAACGGAAGAUGCUUAACCCCGUUUUCUCGACCAACCUGGGCCACAUGUUCCCGAUAUUCUAUGAUGUCUUGCGUAAUGGUAUGAGAGCCUCCAUCGACAGCGGAGAGAAUGAACAGGACGUGAUGAAGCGGAUGACCCGCGCCGCGCUUGAGGCGAUCGGCCGGGGCGGUCUGGGUCAUUCCUUCGACCCUCUUGUCAAGGACUCACAAGAUGCAUUUGCAGACGCCAUAACGUCCUUCAACCCGAAGAUGACCCGGCUAUCCUACCUGCGCCGAUUCAUCCCGUACCUGUCCUGGCUCGGCCCUGCCUGGUUCCGCCGUUUCCUCGUGCGUCUCAUGCCUAAGCACUGGGCGAUCCCCCAGGUGUACAGCGUUGUACGGACUAUCAAUCAGCGUUCUGCGGAGAUCUACGAGUCAAAGAAGGCUGCAUCGCAGGAGGGGGGCGCGGACGCGUUGAAGUCGUUAGGAAACGGGAAGGAUCUCAUGAGCAUACUCAUGCGAGCGAACAUGGCUGCGAGCGUCGGCGAACACCUUUCGGACGACGCGGUGCUCGGCCAGAUGACCACAUUCGUGUUCGGCGCCCUGGACACCACCGCGGCGAUGCUGAGCCGCAUUCUGCAGCUCCUCGCGGUCCACCAGGGCGUCCAGCGGGAGCUGCGGCAGGAGCUCUUGGAGGCUCGCGCAGCUGAGGGAGUGGCCUAUGACCAACUGGAUGCGCUCCCUCUGCUCGACAGCGCCUGCCGAGAGAGAGUCGUGCGCAUGCUUCGCGUAACCAAUGCCCAACGCGACGGUGUCCUUCCGCUAUCGCAGCCGAUUAUGACUGUAGACGGGCAAACGCUAAGCGAGAUCGUCGUGUCCAAAGGCACAGAGAUCAUCAUCGGGACUUAUGGGUCGAAUGUGAACGCCGAGGUCUGGGGCCCGGAUGCACUCGAAUGGAAGCCAGAGCGCUGGUCCAAGAUCUUGUCCAGCGUCGCUGCUGCGCAUAUACCGAGUGUUUACUCGCACCUAAUGACGUUCUCCGCGGGAAGACGAGCGUGCAUUGGGUUCAAGUUCUCAGAGAUGGAGAUGAAGGUCCUGCUCGCUGUCCUUGUAACGAACUUCGCGUUCGAGUUGAGCGAGAAACCUGUUGUGUGGAACGUUGCCGACGGUACCCAACAGUAGGCAGGGAAAGCAACAAGGCCGAGAUGCUACUCAUGGUACGGACUCUGCAGUAGUCACACGCUCCCGAGACCAUCGCUAUCACCUCGCACAUAUAUAUUCUCGUAUGAUGAUUCUGUUUAAACUUCCUACACUUCAAUGACGUCCAUGCAGAAUUCUUGGCCGCUAGGACAUGCUGCGACCGCCGUCGGACGACAGCCGUUCACCACCCCCCGACUUGAAUGAUUAGUCACAUCGACAAUCCUUUUCUGGAUUGAACUUCUUCGCCAUCUCCGGA